CACCUAUAAAUCCACCUCCAUCUACUCAGAUUAUUCAAUCAAUGACUGAAGUAGCACCAGUAGGCCAUGAUUCAGCACUGAAGCCACCAGGGGUGGAAAUUCCAGCUGAUUCAGGAGGCAUUGGAAUAAGUUUAUCAGCUCCUACGCCGAUUACACCCACGACAGAAAAUGUAAAUAUCUCAGAGCUUAAAGAACCUGGACAAUCUUAGUUUCCAUAAACAGAUGGAUUUUCUUAGGCUGCUGUAUCUGGAAUCCAGAAUUACUCUGGGAGUUGUAAACAGUCAGUGAGCAAAAGAUGGAGCAAUAAGCAGGUCCUAGAGAAAAAACUUGGGGCUUGGCAGGUCAAGAGAGGCGUGAAUCACAUAAGUUUUAGUGAUCAGAGUUGAGGAUAUGUCCUCAAAAUCUAUCAACACCCCUGCUGUCUGAUAACGGCCCCAACAGUGGUUCUUCUUUUUUUUUUUUGACUGGUAUGAACCUAAGAUUUUAUUUUGUUUCUUUUCUAUAAUAAAUGUAUACGAUAACUGUUUUCGGCUGCUGUCACACAAAUCGCAGCUGUUUCUAAGUUUAAAUUUUAAAUAGUUCAGAACAGAAGACAAAAAGUCAAAACUGAACUUAAAGGAAAGGUAAAGAUAGGUUCUCUGAUCCAAUUUUUUUCCACUACCCCAAAUUACUGCUUUAUUAGGAUAUUAUUUUACAAAUUAAAAGCCUGUUACUUUUGCAUUUUGCAAAGCUGAUGGCUAAUUACAAAGAAAAUGGAGGUAGAAAGUAUUGUGCCACAAGUAACUCCUGUAUAAGCUACAUCUUAAGAAUAAAACAAGCUACUUGUUACUGGUAGAAAAAGAAAAACAACUGAAGCUGGAAUAUUAUUUACUAAUUAUAUAUUAUAAGGCCUUUUUAAUUAGGUAGUCAGUUAGUUUUCUGUGUGGUUCACACAGGUUAUUCGAAGGGCAAUGCUUCCUACCUCGAUGUUUAAUAUAAAAUAACUUGAUGGUUUAAAGUUCGGCUAUUGAAUUACCUACUAUAAGCAUAUCCUAGCAAUAGAAAUUUGCUUUGGUCUCUGUUCCUGUUGGACUAGCUGUUAGCCUGAUGUGGAUUCAUAUUGAAGGAAAAACUUUUAACUGAACUUAACAUCUCACUUCUCACUUCAAAGCUGUUCCCUUUAAAUACGUCAUGUCUUUUGUCUGUUUUCAACAAUGUGGAAAUGUUUUGAUUUAAAACAAGAAAUGACAUAUAGUGCUAAAAUAAUGGUGGACUGUGGUGAUGUGCCUAAAAAAAACACCACAAGUGAUUUAAAAAAAAGCUGUCCUUAUUAUUCAUGUAACAAAAUAUGGAAUAAAGCUUGUAUAUUAAUAUUUCAUGUUUUCAUGUUUAUCAGUGUUUAUUAAAGAUGAUGAAAAACUGCUAUUGCUUUCAGCAUAUUCAUAUGAUUACAUCUUAGGCUUGUUUUUCUGAAACUGUCCUGCGACUCCUAGACAACCCGUCAAAGCAACAGGACUUACUGCUGUGGUGGUGAAUGUAGUUCAUGACCUUCGUCACAUCUCCGUAUCCUCCCAGAGUUUCCUUCCUGUUGUUGCAUUAUCAAGAUGAUCUCACAUAGCCUGACCUACAGUAGUGCUCCGAUCUGUUACAUGCAGUCAAAAUCCACUAGGACCGUGACAAACGAUAUGAGCUCGAGUUUGAUGGGAUUGGCAUAAAGGGGGCGCCGUUUCGUUGUCCCAGGACGUGGCCCUUCGUGGGGAGACCUGGAGCGGAUAGCGGGGCGUGGACUCCGAGCGAUCAGUGGAGAGGAGACAGUGGAGGGUUCUCGGGUGGGGUGGGAAAAAAGAAAGAACUUCAAAAGAUACUUACUGACUCCAUUUUUCAGCUUUAGAAAAAAGAAACAGCUGAAGGGAGAAGCGUCCAACCUGCAGCAGAAGAAUGGAUGAUAUUUUCACACAGUGUCGAGAAGGAAACUCAGUUGCUGUCCGUCUGUGGCUGGACAACACAGAGAAUGACCUCAACCUGGGAGACGAUCACGGCUUUAGCCCGCUCCACUGGGCGUGCAGAGAAGGGAGGAGCGGGGUAGUCGAUAUGCUAAUCAUGAGAGGGGCACGAAUCAACGUGAUGAACCGUGGAGAUGACACACCUUUACAUCUGGCUGCGAGCCAUGGACACAGAGACAUUCUGGCUAAGCUGAUUCAGUGCAAAGCAGACCCCAAUACAGUCAAUGAGCACGGGAACACCCCACUGCAUUACGCCUGCUUCUGGGGCCAUGAUGAAGUAGCUGAGGACUUGGUAACCCACGGCGCCCAGGUGUGUGUGUGUAACAGAUAUGGGCAGACCCCUCUGGAUAAGGCUAAACCUCACUUAAAACAGUUGCUGCAAGAGAAGGCAGAGAAAAUGGGCCAGAAUAUGUCCAAAAUCCCAUAUAAGGAAACCUUCUGGAAGGGCACAAUGAGGACGCGACCUCGUAACGGCACACUUAACAAGCAGGCCGGUAUUGAUUAUAAGCAGCUCUCACUCCUGGCAAAGAUCAAUGAGAAUCAAUCUGGAGAGCUAUGGCAGGGCCGCUGGCAAGGGGAUGAGAUUGUGGUGAAGGUACUGCAUGUGAGAGACUGGACCACCAGGAAGAGCAGAGACUUCAACGAGGAGCAUCCAAAACUCAGGAUCUUUUCUCAUCCAAACAUUCUGCCUGUGCUUGGGGCAUGUCAGUCACCUCCUUCUCCUCACCCAAUCAUCAUUGCCCAUUACAUGCCAUACGGAUCUCUCUACACCAUACUCCACCAGGGCACAAGUGUGCAAAUAAUUUUGAAUGGAAAUAUGAAAAGCAAACAUAAGAAUUCUUUGAUUGAUGAGGAUAUGACUGCCAGGAUAAGCAUGGCAGAUGCAAAGUUCUCCUUCCAGUGUCCUGGUCGUAUGUACUCACCAGCCUGGAUGGCUCCUGAAGCCCUGCAGAAAAAGCCAGAGGACAUCAACAGAAGAUCUGCUGACAUGUGGAGCUUUGCAGUGUUACUCUGGGAGCUGGUUACAAGGGAGGUCCCCUUUGCUGAUCUGUCAAACAUGGAGAUAGGAAUGAAGAUUGCUCUGGAAGGACUCCGGCCAACCAUUCCACCAGGCAUCUCUCCUCAUAUCUGCAAACUGAUGAGGCUCUGCAUGAACGAAGACCCUGCCAAGAGGCCAAAGUUUGACAUGAUUGUUCCCAUCUUGGAAAAGAUGCAAGACAAGUGAAUGUCUCAGAGACAAUAUGUCCAAAACCUUUGUUUUUGUUAUAUAAUCCAACCACUCCAUAGCUUCACUCAAGCAAAUGUAUCUGCUAGGCCACUGUAAAUAAAGCCACAAACCACUGUAUCUGCAUCUAGUUUGAUCAUCACUAUCCUUAAUUUGUUCAGGUUCAAUUUAUGUUUUAAGUUUUACUUUGAUAUAUAUUUUUUGCGCAACGGUUUUCAAAACAUUGUCUGCGAUCUGGAUUACAUUUAAGUGAUUCAUAAGACAGAAGCUCAUCCAAAGAAUGUUUAUAGAAUCCUAGCUUUUUAUACACGCCUGUCAUAGCAGAUUAAAUACAACUUUAUAUUUAUGACAAAUGCUUUUUCUAAUGUAUUAUCUUCCAAGUUUUGAAGCACUUGGAGAAUAAAUUAUUCUCACUUGCUCUUACGGUAUGUUGCAGUGGCCUUAUGUUUUCAGGCUGCGUUCAAUUUGUGGAGCUGAUGUGUCUUUUUGCUAAAUUGUCAGGUAUUCUGUGAAAACAUACUGUUACAGAUAGGAAAGAAUGUAUGAAGCACUUCUACUCUACCAGGUUAUUUUUUAUUUCUGUUUUGGAACAAUAAAAUUGAAUAAAUGUUUUCAAGAAGAGUAACAUUAUAUGAAAUAUUCUUACAACAUAAAAAGACAACUAGAAUGAAACUAAUUAAAAUAAUACCUAUUUUUAUUUGUGUAUGACAAAUUUGCCAAAUAAAAUUGCCGUUAAUUAUU